AUGGAUCCCUUAAUCCCCGAGACACAGCCAGCCACCCCCACCCUCAUCCGCAGCCGCCGCCGCAACUUCGGCAAUCUCAUAUUGUUUCUACGGCUCAUUUCUGUCUUGGUUAGCUUAGCGACUUUUGCCAUCCUGAUCCGCUACUGUGUCGCGCAAUACAAGAAUGGCGACAUGGGCGGUGGUGUCCUUGGGAGCUUGGGGUCUAUUAUCGCAGCAUUCAUCGAUUGGGAACAGGUCGGCCAGCUACGGCACACGAGGGACAAGAUCGGCGGCCUUUUGCCCAGGUCAACAGCUUUUAUGGACGCAGUAGCCCUCGGGUUCUCUGUUGGUAGUGUGGUCGUCAUUGUCCGCUCCGAUCAGAAGGCCGCAGAUAAAGUCGCCGAGUUCGGAGGCCCAACAGAUGUAGACCGCCAAGCCGCAAUUGCGCUGCUAGCUACAAUAUCAGGAUUUCGCAUCGUCUUCUUCAUUUUCGGCGGAGUUGUCGAGACGGGUCGGUUUAUAGCGCGUCGUCGGUGGAUUCGGCGCAACCGUGAAGACCAACAGCGAACGGAUGAGACGGGUUUGAUGAGCCCUGGUAGAGACGAGGUGGUGACAGCAUAG